AUGUCAACUUAUAGAUUUCAAGAAACAUUGGAAAAACUUCCUAUUCCUGAUUUAGUUCAAACUUGUAAUGCAUAUCUCGAGGCAUUAAAACCUUUGCAAACUGAACAAGAACAUGAAAAUACCAAAAUUGCCGUGGACAAAUUUCUCAAUGGUAGCAAUUCCAAAACCACUAAUAAUGGAGUGGUUACAGGAAGUGGUAUUGGUCAUUAUUUAGAUCGAGAAUUGCGUCAAUAUGCUAAAACUAGACCUAGUUAUAUCGAACAAUUUUGGUAUGAUUCAUAUUUGAAUUAUGAUUCCCCCGUUGUAUUAAAUUUAAAUCCAUUUUUUCUUUUAGAAGAUGAUCCAUUUACUAAUGAAUCAAGUAGUAUUAAUCCUCAAGUUAAACGUGCUACCAAUUUAACUUUAUCAUCAUUAAAAUUCAUUCAAGCAUUGAAAAAUGAAACUUUAAGCGUUGAUACAUUGAAAAAUGGGAAACCGUUAUGUAUGUAUCAAUAUACUAAAUUAUUUGGUGCUUCAAGAAUUCCAUCUCAAGAGGGAUGUAUGAUGCAAUCUGAUCCUUUAUCUAAUCAUAUUGUUGUUAUGUCAAAGUCGCAAUUUUAUUGGUUUGAUGUAUUGGAUUCUCAUAAUAAUUUGAUAUUAAAUGAGGCGGAAUUGAAUAUUAAUUUUAAUUCAAUCAUUCGUGAUUCUUUAAAUACUCCUUCAGAUGAAAUUGCUAAAUCGUCGUUUGGGGUAUUGACUACGGAAAAUAGACGUGUUUGGGCCAAUGUCAGAAACAAUUUGAUUGGUAAUAAUACCAUUAAUCGUGAGGUGUUAUCGAUUAUUGAUUCAGCGUUAUUUAUUUUAUGUUUUGAUGAUAUUGCCAUUGAUGAUUUAUCAGAAUUGUCGAAAAAUAUGCUUUGUGGAUUAUCUAUAUUAGAUAAUGGUAUCCAAGUUGGUACUUGUACUAAUCGUUGGUAUGAUAAAUUACAAAUUAUUGUUACCAAGAAUGCUAAAGCAGGGAUUAAUUUUGAACAUACUGGUGUUGAUGGUCAUACUGUUUUACGAUUUGUAAGUGAUAUUUAUACUGAUUCAAUUUUAUCCUUUGCUAAUUCCAUUAACAACAAUGCUCCUUCAUUAUGGAAAUCCACUACUAAAAAUGAUGUUCCCGAUUAUGAAUUGGAAGAAGAAUUGAUUACUAUUCCACGUAAAUUGGAAUGGGAUUUAACACCUGAUUUAUCAUUGGUUUUAAGAUUUGGUGAAACUAGAUUGUCGGAUUUAAUCAAUCAAAAUGAAUUCCGUCAUUUAGAAUUUAAAAAUUAUGGUUCUUCCCAAAUUAAAAAAAUGAAAUUUUCACCAGAUGCUUUUGUUCAAAUGGCAUUCCAAGCAACUUAUUAUGCUCUUUAUGGUAAAGUUGAAUGUACUUAUGAGCCAGCCAUGACCAAACAAUAUUAUCAUGGUCGUACUGAAGCCAUUCGUACUGUUUCUCAAGAAUCAAAUUUAUUUGUUCGAAAAUUUUUCGAUUCAACAGUAUCAAUGAAGGAAAAAUUACAAUAUUUAUCUGAUGCUUGUAAGAAACAUUCUGAAAAGACAAGAAUGAGUUCUAUGGGUCAAGGUGUUGAUCGUUAUUUAUAUGCAAUGUUUUGUAUUUGGAAAAGAUAUUUACAAGAUUAUGAAGAAGAGCAACAACAACAACAACACCCAGUUGAAGAAGGAAGUGGUGGUGAACAACAGAUGGAAGCAGUAGGGUUAUCUAGAGAUGAUACCAUAGUUGUUCAAAUGGAUGGUGAACAUGACGAUGAUGAUUCAACAACUGUUGUUGGAACCAAUGGUGGUAAAAACCUUCAUGCAUCUGGAUCUCAUGGUAAUAACGAUAUCUAUGAUAAUUUUGAUUUAUUAAAAACAGUACCAGAAUUAUUUGCUGAUUCAGGUUGGGAUAAAUUAAACAGCACAAUUAUUUCUACAUCCAAUUGUGGUAAUCCAUCGUUAAGAUUGUUUGGAUUUGGUCCAGUUUCUGCUAAUGGGUUUGGUAUUGGUUAUAUUCUUAAAGAUGAUUCAAUUUCAAUUUGUGCUAGUUCCAAACAUCGUCAAACUCAAAGAUUUUUGGUGACAUUGAAUUCGUAUUUAUUGGAAAUUCAAAGUAUUUGGAAACAAGUGGAAACCAUGAAUAAAUUGCAGGAUGAAUUGGCAUUGAAGAUUGAUAUUAGUAAAAAACAAAAAGAAACAGAAGAGGAACAAGCUAGACCAAAACACAAUAUUAAUGCAUUAUUGGGAGGUUAUGGAUAUUUUGAUAUGGGCGAAGAAGAUAUUAAAAGUAGAGGACAAUCUCCUGAACCACCAUUUUUAAACCGAGCAAAUUCAAGUUUUAGUGUUCGUGAAAUUGGUAAAAAAUUACGAUUAAGUGAAUAUUAA